AACAAUUUCUAUGAUGAUUUUUAAUGUUCCAAAUACUGUAUUUGUCAGGUGCUUUAUAUUAUAGCGACGAAAAUUAUGAGCAGCAACAUUUAUGGAGUCUUUAUGGAACACUCAGCACGGCUUUCAUUUGUCGCAACGUAAACGAAAGUGAAAUCAAGCAAGUUUCCCGGAGGGAGUUUGUUUUAUCUUUGUCCGCAUGCGUAUUCAAUUCAUUCAGGCUUAUGGAGGUACGACGAUGGAUUCAAAUCCUGUACUUAUUACCAGCAUUACAGGAGUUUUUGGAUAUUUAUGCCAACUCGAUGGUGUGCCCAAGUACCCAUUAUUUGACACCCAAAGGACGACGAUGUUGCAUUAAGUGCAAAGCAGGAGAAAAAGUUGUUGGUGAUUGCGAGCCAGGAAGAAAUGAAACAACUCGUUGUGCGCCAUGUCCACCCGGUGAAUUUCAGGAAUCGCCCAAUGGUGAACGAAAAUGCAAUCGAUGUUUUGGGUAUAUACCGUUGAGAAUUAUAGUAAAGGAGUGCAACAGAACACAAAAUCGGAAAAUGGGAGUUUGUAUCGAGGGUUACUACUAUAAUAAUGCAUUAUCUUAUUGUCAACCGUGUAAGAGGUGUCUUAGAGGAUAUGGCGUAAAGAAACUAUGCACAAAUGAAACAAACACAGAAUGCGAAGAGAAGCAAUGUGCUUUGGGAACGUACAGCGACAAAGAUAGCAAAACGCAAAAGUGUCAGCCAUGCACUAAUUGUAAAAAAAACGAGAAAACGAUAGGUAGAUGUAAUGCGACAAGUAACAAUUUGUGUCAAAGACGAUUUUCGACAACGCCAACAUCUCCUCUGACGACACAAAUAAACAUUACAAAAAUCAUCACAACGGCAACUACACCUCAGGACUCACCAGUUGCCCGUCCAAAUGUGAGUAGUAGCUGGGUGAUACCAUUUUUUAUUACAUCUAUGAUACUGUUACUGGUUUUAUUCAUCGCAUUGGUUCUUGGCGUUAUCUUAUGGUGUUGUGUACAUAAACGACAGAGUAUCAUCAUCCAUUCAGAGGAGUCGAGGCUCGGACAACGUUUGUCAAAGUUUAAUGAUGAGAUGGAUUCUGGUUGUUGUAAGUCAUCUCAACAGUACAUAAAUAUCAAAGUACCGAGCGAGGAAAGUCCUUUCAUUUUGGAAGAAAUUCCGAGGAUACAAGAGAAUGGUUUAAUGAUACGUGAUGUAACUCACGACAUCAUUGAACAACUAGCAAGCUAUUUAAAUCCCAUAAAUCCGCCAAGUAACUGGCGAAAAGUAGCCAGUAUGCUUGAUUUUCCUUGGAAUGUCAUUAACAAUCUGGCCCUGUGUCCAACAACCGCCACACAACAACUCCUAGAGCGUUGGGGGACCAAGAGGGAUGCUACGGUGUACAAGCUAUAUCUCACGUUGAAAGACAUUGGUCGAGAUGACGCGGCAGAAGUGCUGGAAAAAUUGCUCAUGGAACGUGUGGGUAACAACAAGUCAGUGUAACAAUAUAAGCCAGUGUAACAUAUACGCGGCUCAUGUCUUUGAGCGUACGUAUGUGGAAUAACGUUUGUACGAUAUUCCCCUGGUGUCUCACAUGGAACGUGUGAUCAGUCACACAGCACCGAUAGCAUUGAAUGGCGGAGCACAAGCUAUGAUAACUUAUCUCUUUUGAGGUACAUAUACUUCAAGUUAGCAAAAAUAUACCCGCAAUGUGUAAAGAAAAACAUUAAUUAGAGACACGUGUAGAGAUGGGAAUUGACACAGAAAAAACACAAAGAGGGUUCAUGGUAAAAAAGCUUUGAUAGAGUACAAAUUAAGAGUAACUUUAGGAGACAAUGCUGUGUUUCUUCCAUAAAUCGAACAUCCUGCAGUGUUAAUCGAAGUAAGGAUUCGUAUUUAAUUGUUAAUAUGUAUAUAUUUGCUCAUCUCUGGAAACAAAUAUCAAAACUUGAUAUUUUUUGUCAUCAAAGAUACCAAAAGCAGGAAGGAUAUGUUUUGCUUUUGGUAGCAAUCCUCUUUUGGUUUCUAAUUUAUGCAAUGAUGUUGAUAUGAAAGAGCGUAUCCCAAAGAGCAAGUGUUUCCCAGCGAAGGCUCAUCACAUGUGUCCUACGCCAUUGGCUUUGGACUGGUUAGCUUAGUGGGAAAUGGUUUGAGAUAAAAAAAGAUCGCAGCAUGUUGACGCUCAGUUGGAAAUGAUCCAUGAUAUACUGAAAGAACAAGAGUAUAUUUUAAUUUAAAUCAUAUUUAUCCAGUAUUUAAAUGUUACGUAAUUAUUUUAAGUACAAGGCUUGAAAACUGAAAAAUCGAAUUAUUUUCACUGAAUUUUAAGGAUGAAAAUUAAAAAACAAAUCUUCUUAGCUACUUCAACGAAUAAACAAAUAACUGAGCUGUAUUUGUGCCUAGAAUGGUACUCAAAGCUUUUAUAUAAAUGUAAAGUUAUAAAUAUUGUAGUAUUUUUCUAUUUAUACGAAAAAAGCAGCGUUAUUAAAAAUAGAAAAAGUUAGCGUUACAAGGCAUUAUUUGUGACUAUCG